AAUCCUAAAACCAAAGAGCAGAUUGAAAGUCUGUUACGAAACGGGAGGAAUAAGGAGCUACGGGAUCGUCUGUGCCGCAGACUGACGUUUGGGACCGCCGGUCUGCGCUCUGCCAUGGGGGCUGGCUUUUGCUACAUCAACGAUCUUACUGUGAUCCAGUCGACACAGGGGAUGUACAAAUACCUCGAGCAACGUUUUUCCGACUUCAAGCAACGUGGUUUUGUGGUAGGGUAUGACACGCGAGGGCAGGUGACCAGCAUGUGCAGCAGCUUCAGACUUGCCAGACUCACAGCAGCAGUCCUGCUUGCAAAGGGUGUUCCUGUUUACUUGUUCUCAAGAUAUGUCCCCACGCCUUUUGUGCCGUACGCUGUCCAGCAGCUCAGAGCUGUCGCUGGGGUGAUGAUUACAGCUUCCCACAACCGUAAAGAAGACAACGGCUACAAGGUGUAUUGGGAAAAUGGCGCUCAGAUCACAUCCCCGCAUGAUAAAGAGAUCCUGAAAUGUAUUGAAGAAUGUGUCGAGCCAUGGAAUGACUCCUGGAAUGAAAAUCUGGUAGACAGCAGCCCUCUCACUCGAGAUCCUCUGCAAAAAAUCUCUGCAAGCUACAUGGAGGAUCUAAAAAAGAUCUGUUACCACCGAGAGGUGAACACAAACACCCACUUGAAAUUUGUGCAUACGUCUUUUCACGGGGUGGGACACGACUAUGUGCAGCUGGCUUUCCAGGCCUUUGGCUUCCAGCCCCCCAUUCCAGUCCCUGAACAAAAAGAUCCUGAUCCAGACUUUUCCACUGUCAAAUGUCCCAAUCCCGAAGAAGGAGAAUCAGUGUUGGAACUCUCUUUGCGGCUGGCGGAGAAAGAGGGAGCCCGGGUGGUUGUGGCUACGGAUCCUGAUGCAGACAGGCUAGCUGUGGCAGAACAACAGGAAAAUGGCCGCUGGAAAGUCUUCACGGGCAAUGAGCUGGCUGCGUUGUUUGGCUGGUGGAUGUUUGCUUGUUGGAAGGAGAAUUGUCCAAAAGAUGCUGACGUGGAGAAUGUUUACAUGUUGGCCACCACUGUCUCCUCCAAAAUUCUGAGGGCCAUUGCUCUCAAGGAAGGAUUUAAUUUUGAAGAGACCCUCCCUGGCUUCAAAUGGAUUGGCAGCAGGGUUAAGGAUCUCCUGGACAGCGGCAAGGAAGUCCUUUUUGCUUUUGAAGAGUCCAUCGGCUUUAUGUGCGGCACAUCUGUGCUGGACAAAGAUGGCGUGAGCGCCGCUGUGGUCAUAGCGGAAAUGGCUGCCUGUCUGGAGAUCAAGGGCCGAACGCUGGCCCAUCAGCUAAUAGAGAUCUAUAAAACGUAUGGCCACCACAUUUCAAAAACCUCCUACUUCCUGUGUUAUGAUCCUCCUACUAUCAAAAGGAUAUUUGAAAGGCUCCGGAACUUUGAUUUGCCUGAUUCUUACCCAGCCUCUUGUGGUACUUACAAUAUUCUCCAUGUUCGGGAUGUCACCACUGGCUACGACAGCAGCCAGCUGAAGAAGAAAUCGGUGUUGCCUGUGAGUAAAAGCAGCCAGAUGAUCACCUUCACGUUUCAAAACGGCUGUGUCGCCACGCUCCGGACAAGCGGAACUGAACCAAAGAUCAAGUACUACGCCGAGAUGUGUGCACCCCCAGGCCAGAGUGAUGUCGCCUCCUUGGAAGAGGACCUAACGAAACUCAUUGAGGCCCUUGUGGAGCAUUUUCUGGAGCCCAGCAAGAAUGAACUGACCUGGCGCUCUGUGUAGCUGCCCCCUGGCCGUGGCGGUCGUUGACGUUAUUCCUUGCACUGUGUCCUGCGGAACCAAGAGGAGGGCCCUUCCUCGCAUUCAUUUCAUAGACGUCUGUGAGUGUUUGCUGCGUGAGAUGUCUGUGUUCCCUAGCCAGCCUCCCCGCGUGGAAGCAGUAACCUUUUGUCAGCUUAGCACACCAAGCGGUAAACUGCUUUGGAGCUGGCCAGGGGUGCCUGCAAGAGAGACACAAUCAACAGAAGGGACUCUGGCAUCAUUUCCUGCUGUUUUUUUUUUUCCCCCCCCAUGGCAAAGAUCAGCUGUCUCAGUUCUUGGCUAUUCAGAGGCCCCUCCGGAGCUGGGAAACGGCAAAGAGUAAUUGUGUUAAGUCUGAGAAAAGGUCCUGCUUCUUCAUAGUUGGCUAGAGCAUCGGUAUAUCUUUACUGGGCGAUGGAGUCUUAAUUUUAGCAGUCUUUUUGGUUUUCUAGCUCAGUCUGCGAUAU